AAAUGAAUGAAUGAUCCUUAGCAGUCAACUCUCCUGCAGUAUCAUCAUGCUUUACGCCACUAAUAAUUCAAUGUUUCAUAGAGAUCUAAAUUCCAAAAUCACAGAAACCCACACGGUUCUGCAAAGCACAAUUGAUCAUGCUCUACCGCUACCCGGCGCUCCGCACGAGCCAAACGUCGAUCGCCGACGGCAGCUGCAUCUGCUGCGGCAUCGCGAUCGUCUUCUUGUCCGUCUUCCUCUUCUGCGUCUUCCUCACCUUCCUCCCCUUCCGCUGGGCCUCGGUAGCCACCGCUGUUGCUGCUGUCCUUUUUAUCUGCACGGCCUGCUGGUGCAGGUUGGCCCCCGACGAUUCUGCUGGGACGUCCCACCACCGCGGGCGAACCACUCCUACAGCCGUCGUACCGCAAGAUGCUCUCCAUCCGCCCGCAACUGCCGCGUGUCUUCAAACGUUCGAGUACGAAAAGGCACUACGUACGAGUGGCCGAGCAGGCGGAAGCUGCGAGAUGUGCGCGGUGUGCAUCGGGGUGCUGCAGGGAGGGGAGAUGGUGAGGCAGGUGCCGGCGUGCAAGCACGUGUUUCAUAUCGGGUGCAUCGACGCGUGGUUGUACUCGCACACAACAUGCCCUUUAUGUCGGGCCGAGAUCAAGCCACGACGGUCGGCGGAGAAGGCGGAGGAGAGCGAGGAGUCGUCAGCCCCGCCUUUGCCGCCUGUGUAGUUGCUUCUUAUUUUGAUGCCUCUUCUGUUACCGCUUCUUCUUUGGCUAAUUGGUUCAUAUGCCGAGUUUGUCUUAGGUGAAUAAAGUGCUAACAAAUUGUACAGCUUGUGGAGACAGCUGGUACAGUUGAUAGUUAUCGCUCGUAGGAUAAGAUCCUCUGCAACAAACCAAUUGUGAACAAUAGCUAAAAUGUCGCUUGGAACUUCGUACAAAGAAAAUUUUUGUCUUUAUUUUUUAUUUUAU